AUGGACCCAAGGACAACAACUCGUGACAAAAUUGAGACUUUUGCUCAAACAGGUGUCAGUCGAGCAAGUCUAGGCGUUCAAGAUUUUGAUGAAAAAGUUCAGACUGCUGUCAACCGCGUGCAGUCUUACGAUGUUAUUUGCCAGAUUGUUAAUAAUCUUCGAUUAAACGGUAUACAGGCCUUAAAUAUUGAUCUCAUUUAUGGGCUCCCUCAUCAAACAUUAGAAACAACUCAAAAUACAGUUGACAAAACACUUUCUUUGAAUCCAGAUCGGAUUUCUUUAUUUGGGUACGCUCAUGUACCAUGGAUGAAGCCGCAUCAAAGGCAUAUAAAAGAUGCAGAUCUUCCUGGUAAAGAAGAGCGUAUUGCUUUGUCUACACAUGCAAAAAAUCUUUUAUUAAAAGCGGGAUAUGUUCCUAUUGUUUUGGAUCACUUUGCCAAGCAGAAUGAUCCUCUUUCAAAAGCAUUGCAAAACAAAACGUUACAGAGAAAUUUUCAGGGUUACACGACGGAUACAGUGAACACUUUGAUUGGAAUGGGAAUUUCUUCAAUCUCUUCUUUGUCUCAAGGUUAUGUUCAAAACACCUCUAGUAACAAAGAGUAUUCUCAGCGGGUGCAAUCAGGCAAGCUUCCUAUUUUUCGAGGAUAUAUUUUAAGCUCUGGAGACAAAGAACGGCGGGAAAUUAUCAUGUCGUUAAUGUGUUAUCUAUCUACAAGGGUAGAUCCCCUAAAGUAUUCUGAUGAAAUAAAUCUUUUGAAACCCUAUAGAGAAUCAGGAGACGUUUUCUAUCAAGAUGAAAUCUUGACAAUUUCCCCAAAGGCACGAAAGAGUUUAAGAAUAAUCACUUCAGUCUUUGACGCAUAUUUAUCAAGCACAGCACACCUUUAUUCAAAAGCGAUUUAA